AUUACAGAACAACGUGACGAGAAUUUAAAUUUAGACAAUUGGAAUCAACAUAGAAUGCCAUGAGUGACCUCAGAGUGGAACUGUCUGUGCCUUUUCCAAGCGCUAGAGAAGCAGAUGUCGCGUAUCAAGCGCUCCGGGUCGACAAGGAGCCGUCGAGCAGCGGAGUCACGAAGAGGCUCGCAUUAAACGACAGCGUUUUGGACGUGUCAUUCAGCGGCAAGGAGGCGAGGAAGGUGCGCGUGGCGCUUACCUCCUUCUUCGAUAAUCUACUGCUAGUCACGGAAACGAUCGAGCAAUUCGGUCCACCCGAGCCGACAUACAGUCAUUACUGAAUCGACAAUUCGUCGAUUGUAUUUUCU